AAUUUCGUCACAUUCAGAGGUGGAUUUCACUUUCUCGCUUUCAAAAGUAGAUUGCACUUGUUUCAGUGAAGUACCGCCAACUGGCUCACACACCAAAGGUUCGGUAUCUCUGUCUCGUGCCUCAUAUAACAGUCUUCAUUCAAUAGUCGGGCACGACAUAAAUCUACAAACUAGGAAAAUCAUUUAAUCAGUCUCGCUCAGUCUUCGCACAAAAACACUGUCGCCCCACGACUUUUCGCCACUUCUCUGCAGGAAAUUAGCAUUUGAGUGUGAUUCUUUCUGCAAAAGAUCGCGCAUAUUGUGAGAAAAGAUGGAUCCGGAAUAUCCAAUUUACGAGUGGAUCAGUAAAGAUUUGUGCACGAAAAUUGUGAAUAAAUAUUCAGGGAAAUCCUGUAAAAUUAACGACUUCGAAGUGAAAUAUCUAACGAAGAAGGGUGACAAUUUCACUAGUGCUCUCUUUCGCAUUGUGGCCAAAUACAACGAGGAAGACAAUUCUCACGAGCAAGAGUUGCGAUUCAUUCUCAAGACACCCAUUCAAGCAAGUGUCAUUGAUGCUGUAUCAGCGGAAUUUAAUAUUUUUAAGCGAGAAUUUACCGUGUAUGGAACAAUUAUGGAUAAAUGCUACGAAAUGCUGAAUUCAAAGGGUGUCAACACAGUCUUCGGUCCCAAAACAAUAUACAUAGAGGAGAAAUUGCUGGCAAUGGAGGAUUUGAAUGCCAAGAACUACAAUCUCCUGGGAAAAGCCAAGAAAUUGAAUCGUCAUCAGUGUAAUUUGGCGUUGACCAAAAUGGCUCAAUGGCACGCAACAACGGCGGUUUUGUACGAAAAACAACCCGAAUUAUUUGAACAUCACCACGUGCCAAAUUUCUCCGAGGAAACCGAACAUUUGCACCUGAUCUACACAAAUCUCCUGGUUGCGGCACACAAGCGCAAUCGCGGUGCACCUGAACUGAAGAACUUCUCCAACAAACUGGCCGCUUUCACGGGUGAAAUUGUACCGAAAAUGAUGAAAGUUUUUGUACGAGACGACAACAGAUUCUGCGUGCUCAAUCAUGGCGAUAUGUGGAGCAAUAACAUGCUCUUUAGACACAGUGAGAAGGAAAAUCGGUCAGAUGACGUGCUCUUCGUGGACUUUCAAGAAGGUUUCUAUGGUUCACCGGGAAUCGAUUUGAAUUUCUUCCUCUACACUUCAGUGGAAAUUGACUUGCUGCUGAAUAAUUACGAUGACCUUCUUGCUUUCUACCACAGCGAAUUGGAGAAGACACUGCAGCUUUUGGGCUACAGCGGAAAGUUUCCCACUUUGCAAGACAUCACUAAUGAAGUCAUAAACAAGGGGGAUCACGGCCUUAUGACUCUCUUGGGAAUGGUCCCGGUCAUGAUAACACCGCACACUGAGUAUUCCGAGGCGUCGUAUUUCUUCGAGGACACUGAAGAGACACUAAAAGCCAGAGAUUUAAUCUUCGACAAUCAGCAACACAUUGAAAAUUUGGCUAAACUGCUUCCGAAGUUCGUGGAGAAUGAAAUUUUGUAGUUCUUUUCACAUAAUCACACGCUAUCGUCCAGUAUACUUAUGUGCACGCACCCUAAAUUCAAAGAUAAGAUUACAAAUGAGGUGUUUUUCACGUUCGCUUUGUCUUUUUACAUAAAAAUAUAAUGUAUAAAUGAAUUAUGUUUGCAAACAAAUAUAUUUUUUCAGUCAAAACAGUUUUGAAAAUAAGAUCGUAAAGCUCCGAAACUCUCUCAAAUGUGAAUGAAACGCUGAAACAGACUCCAACAUCUCGUGCAGACAGUUUUCUAGUCUCUCAAGAGAAUGGUACUAAUUAAAAAGUCUCCCAGAAUGACGAGAGCUAUUACCAAGACGUGACACUACGACACAGAAGACAGAGAUUUCCCUUCUUUCAUUAUAUUAUCGUCACUAAUAAGAGCUGAAACUAUGUGACCAAUAAAUGCAACUCAA